AUGGAGAUGCCGCACAAGAAGGUGUUGAAAUUGUACCAGGGACUGCCGAAAUCAUAUACGUCGAUUGUCAUGCAGAUGCGGACGGAGCGGAUUGUGUUGAGACACUUAUUGUACAAGUGCGUCACUCAGCGACGCAGAGAAGGGGAUGAAGAAGAGGACGAAUUUAAUCGAGAAAUCCUCCUCCAAUACCCGUUAAACACUGGCUUUCGAGCGACGCUAUUGAGCGAGCUCCGACACAAGACGGAGCUGGGGAACUUAGCCGAUUACAAUACCAUUGUAUCAAAAUCGCAGGUCAUCCGCUACGUGGCCAAAUUCAUGCACCAAACAGGAAUUCUAGGCCAGUUCCGUCCUAUGGACUCCGAAGAAGUCGAAUUGAACAUCGAAAUGCUAGAAAAAGAGACUAGCAACGGAUGCUAG